UCGACCCGCCCACCCCUAAUGGAAACAGACGAUGCUAGCUAUACAAGCGUUCACACUAGCGAUCCAACAGAGAAGGAUGAAUCAUUAUCAUUUUUAAGUUUUACUAGAUCAAUGAUAAAGGUGCUCUGAUUCUUAAAAACACGUCUUAAUGGACGAUGUGGUUGCGACACGUUAGCUCGCAAAGCCUCGGAAUAGCGUGCUAACGUUAGCUGCCGUGCUAACAUUCACAGCAUCGGUCAAAGCAGGUUUCAACAUUAAAGGGAGCACAAUGGAGGAGAUAAAGACGGAACCUGUGGAUUUUGUGAGGGAAUUCCAAGAAUACCUGACCCAGCAGACCCAGCAUGUUAACAUGAUCUCUGGUUCUAUUUGUGAGGAGAAGGAGCCAAUGGCUCCAAGGAGUGAGCAGAAUGGUCUGGACCCUCCAUCCGUGGAGGUGAGCUUGCCCCCGGAAGAGGGGUCAGACGUGCAAAUGGACGGUCUGGAGAGGACCUGUGAUGGAAAAUACAAAUGCAGCUUCUGCAGUUAUGCCAACAAGGGCAUGGCUCGUUUAAUUGAGCACAUUCGCAUCCAUACAGGAGAAAAGCCUCACCGCUGUCAGCUGUGCCCGUUCGCCUCCGCGUACGAACGCCACUUGGAGGCCCACAUGCGCUCGCACACCGGCGAGAAGCCGUACAAGUGUGACCUGUGUGCCUUCCGCUGCAGCGACCGCAGCAACCUGUCGCACCACCGCCGCCGGCGCCACAAGCUUGUCCCCACGCGUGUGGCCCGCCCGACUUUUGCGAGCAAGCGAGGACUGGCCACCUUGCAGAAGAGGACCAGCUCGCUGGGCUUCGGCCGCCGCCUGCUCAUCAACUUUAGCCCACCGCCCGUGGCUGUGCCCAAGUUGGACUACGUCAAUGAGCUGCCUCACAAGCACCACCACCAUGUGACCGCCAGCGAGCACAGGAACCCAGCCAGGGGAGUCCAGAACGACUUCAACAGAGGAGCAAACAGUUUGACGUUCAACAACCCGCUGGAGCAGCUGGCUUCACUCCAAUCAGCCAACCUCGAGGCCUCUCACAUGUCGCCAAACAUGGAUGAGAAACCCAUUGUGAUACAGGAGGUGACGGGAGCACGGGCCACAGUGUGCCUCAACGGCAUCCAGACUUUAGCGCCCAAAACUGAACACCCCACCUCAGACCGUAGAAGCCCUGGCGCGUCCGCGCUCAGCUUGGACACAAACGACGCUACGUUGUGUGUCAGCAACAGUCGGCCUGGCACGCCGCUCGCCGUCACGCCAGAGUGCGAGGACCCGCAGAGGUGCCCGCACUGCGACAUCCAUUUCCCUGACAACGUCCUGUACACCAUCCACAUGGGCUGCCACCUCUACGAACACCCCUUUCGCUGCAACGUCUGCGGACACACGUGCACGGACAAAUACGACUUUGCGUGCCAUUUCGCCCAAGGACAACACAAGAAGUGACUUGGGGCAGACAUUACUACACAUUUUAAAUACAUUUAUUCAAUAUUUUCUUGCUUUGUCUCACAUCUUUCUAGAGAGUUGCGUUAAUGGAGCUACUGUAUAAAUAGACUGUAAUAAACUGUAUAAGAUGUAAGGAAGUUUACAUACAUGUACUGUAGUUUCGAGACAAAGCCAAGUGCUAUUAACAUGUCCUAAGCGACAUGAUUGACUGCAGGUGUUUCUCUUUGCCAGCAUACCGAUGAUUGUCAAGGAGUGUAUGUAAACCUCUGACCGGGUGUGCAAAUUUGGACUUUUCCCCGGAAGAUUUUGAGUAAUUUCUUUGUGGGGAACUAGUUUUUACACAGGCAGCUGCACAUGGAACACUUUAAUCACAAAUUAACAGUAUUUUACAACAAAUAACACGUUUGGGUUUUUUUCCCUCCAUCUUGGGAGAUUUUUUUUCUUGAUGUCAAAAUAGGUUAACUUAUUUUGUUUUUAUGACAUACUACGUAAUAUCGUAAAUGAUAAGUUUAUACUAGGGAUGCUCUGAUGGGAGUUUUAUGCUGCCCAUUCUGGUCAUAUAUGAGUGAAAUCAGCCGAUACCGAUUACAGGGACUAACUGUGAAUUUUUCAAUUGAUUUCAAUUGAGUGCUAUUGGCCAGAGGUGCCGUAUGGUGGGGGAAGUUAGGACAAUUCCAAUUCCUGACUCUCAGGGUGGGCCAAAAAAUAGGUAAUUAUUAAAAAAUGAAAAGGAGGUGCCCAACGUGAUGUUUUUUGUCAUGGAGCCCAGAACUCCUGGCUGCUCACUUGCUAUUGGCGAUAUCAGUGAUUCCCAAACUUUUUACAGUUGCAUACGUUUAGACAUUUGACCUGAAGCAAUGUAUCCCCUACUCCUGCACACUUAAAAAACAUAAACCUUUUUAUCUUUAUCUUGAAAUAUUGAACAUAAUUAAUUUUACAGUAUUUCUUGGUCAAAAUUGUGUAUUUUGCAUGUUCCCAUUUUGAUAAAGUUUCACAUGAGCACUGAUAGAUAAGUAAUCAUCCUACAUAUCUUUUAUUCCCUUCUGAUAUUGACAUCCUUCCGUUUGAAUGGGUUGAAUUUGAGCUUCACUUUUUUUGUCCACUCUCGAUGGCUAUGGCUUAAGUCUGCAUAUUAAUUUAAUACAAAAGUAUAUAAUGUACAAUGCUGAUGGGUGGCUGAUUGAUUAGAGCAUCCCAACUUUAUACAAACAUUGUUUUUUGUGGGUUUUAUUUUUGUAUUUUAUGUGACCAAAGCCACUGAAGGUAAACAUAAGAACUUUUUUUUUUUUUAGUUUUGCCCAUCAUCCAUGAUUCUUAUGUGAGACAUGAACACACGUCUUUCGCUUUUCUGUGUGUUCUAAAGAUAUAAAAACAGCUAAAAAGAGGCAGGUAAUAAACACACGUUAUGGGACACAUCAAUUCCCCUACAAAGCCCGCUAUUAAAACACUUCCAAAAAGCUCCAACAAGGUUUUAUGGUUUUAUAUGCAUGCUGUAACCAUGUAGUAACAGGUACAUUCAUGAUAACAUGUAAUACUUACAGUAUUUUGCCGUAUUUUUCAGAUUUUUUUGAGAAGGCAUUUUUGUGAUGCAAAUGUAUUAAUCUUUUGAAUGCAUAUCGUUUUGAGAAGCCAAACUCUUUACUAAUUGUCCCCAGCAACUAAGCGGUACUACGUUUCUUAGCUGUUUUUAUAUCUUCAUAAUGCACAGAAAAGAGAAAGAUGUGUGCUCAUGUCUCACAUAAGGAUUGUGGAUGAUGGGCAACAUGUUUCUAAAAGUGCAGUUUUCCUUAAGGUCGUAUAAAAAGUGAAAUGGUUACUUUCAGAUUGAAAAUUUUACUUUAAUUUCUUUUUAGGUGCUGGAAAAUAUUUUAUAGCAAAUAAUAACUUUAUUCUCAGUAGACACACAAUCUAGAUCAUGCACAUAUUAACAAUGUUUAAUACAAUAAAUGCCAUUGCCAUCAGA